CCAGUGAAAAUGCACUUUGAAGGAUGCAUGAAAGGAGUAGCUUGUGAUAAAUUCGGUUAAUUGCCUGCCCCAAGUGUAUGCGCAGAGGUAGUGGUACAGCAUAGCACAGUUGGCAUGGCACAGCUAGUAUGGCAUAUCAUAGCUAGCAUGGCAUAGCACAGCACAUGCGCGCAAUCCCCCCGUGAUAUAUGCGACGCGUGAGGGACCCUUUCUGCACAUCGUUUCCGGUCAAGUACAGUUAAAAAAAACACUAAAGGGAGAAGGCGGCGAGUGCAGAAAAAUUACCUUUCGGAAGUGUAACGCAUCCCCAAUUUUUUUGCAGUACUGUCGCAGGAGAAGUAUAAACAUAAUACGCGCCACAUGUACCAUCUGCGCCAUAGGUGCUGUUCAUACGUACAUAUAUAUAUAAUAUACCCCUUCACAUGUACCUGCUUGCAUAAACUUAUGCGUACGCGCGUAUCUGUUUGCCGAGGGCGUAGUACACCAUCCUGUGCCAUCAACCUUUUGGCGAUCACAUCAUUGGAGCAGCAACAAUGGAUAUGGAAAUAAAAGAUUUCGAUAAGUUUUCUGGAUUUCGAAUUAACUGCACGAAGGAUUUGAUCGUUAAGGGCAGCAUAAGUGCCGUGGUGGGGAUGAUUCUGGGGAUUAUGUGCUCGCUCAUAGUAAACUGCACGUUAGUUGAGGUUUCCCUGUCGAAGUUUUUUUCCAUGUACUUCGGCAUACUAUUCAUCGUAGUUGGGCUAAUAAUUUUCUGGAGGUUGAACGCCAAUGUGACGGACGAAACAGAAAAUAGAAGAAACCAACUGAUGAUCUUGGCGGGACUGAUUGUUUUUUCAGGAAUUCUGUGCCUCUUCUUCGACCGUUCAUGGCUGUUUUCCCUGUCGCCACUAUCCAAAGUGCCCAUUUACUGCAUCCUCGGAAUUAGCAUUUCCUUCGCAUUGACAUUCAGCUUAAUAGAUUUGAUAAACUACCUGAUCGGCUUUAUCCAGGGGUCCAUAACGAGGCCGCUGAUUGAGUCAGUAGCGCAGGUGUACCUGAUUCUCCUGUUCACAAUAACAAUGGGGGGGAUAUUCGGGUUCAUUUUUGGCUUGCUGGACGUAGAAGACGAAUCCUCCCACCACAUUCGCUUGGCCCUGAUGAAGGCGGAAAAUUGUUGCUUCCCCCUGGGAGCCGUGCUAGGAGGAAUAGCUGGGUUUGGUAAUGAAGUUUUCAGGCAACAAAGCGAAGCCUACAAAAUUGAAAACGUUACCGAAUUUGAUGAUGAAGUUUGA